AUAAGAAACAAAUUGAGCUGAUUAAUUAAGAAAAAAAUCCACGAACAUGACAAGGGAUCCUCUAAUAGUUUCAGGGGUAAUAGGGGAUGUGUUGGAUCCAUUCACAAGGUGUGAAGACUUUAGUGUGUUGUACAACAAUAGCAUGGCGGUUUACAAUGGCUGUGCCUUGAGGCCUUCACAAGUUGUCAACCAGCCUAGGGUUGACAUUGGAGGAAAUGAUCCUCACGCUUUUUACACUCUAAUUAUGGUGGAUCCUGAUGCUCCAAACCCAAGCAACCCAACCCUGAGGGAGUAUCUACACUGGCUGGUCACAGAUAUCCCAGGAACUACAGGGGUUAACUUUGGCAAUGAAGUUGUAUGCUACGAAAGCCCGCGGCCUUCAAUGGGAAUUCAUCGCUAUAUUUUCGUGCUGUUUCGGCAAUUGUGUCGAGAAGCUAUCAGUGCUCCCGAUAUUAUUGAUUCUCGACACAAUUUUAACACAAGAGACUGUGCAAGGUUUCACAAUCUUGGUAUGCCUGUUGCUGCUGUUUACUUCAAUUGCAACAGGGAGAGUGGUACCGGUGGCCGUCGCCUAUAAAUUCUAUUAUAGCAUACCCAAAAAAUAAACUCUUGUUAGUAUACCAUAUUGUCUUCUAAAUUUCACUGAAUUCUUAAUUUGUACACGGAUGUGAUCAACAGGAGUGUACAUGUAAAAGUGUAGAUGCUCGUAUAUGUUUCUACUGCUAAAGCUUGGGUAUCUUAUUGUAAAACUAUACUUCAAUUAUAUUGUCAUUCACGCAUUGG